UGCUAGACUUUUAAAACAUAAUGCAGAGGUGUGCAUAUCUUCAUUUUUUCAGCACUAAGAUUUCAGAAAGAACCUCCAAACUGACGCAGUGAAGCCUGAAUUCAAAGCAAUAAGUAGUAUUAGAGAAGUGAAGGCUCAUUAAAGAAAAUACAUCCAUGAUAAAAUGGAAAAGACAUCAAACAUCACACUAUCAAGGAACUUGUGCAAUUUGUCCUGUUGCUACAGUUCACAAAAUGGAAUCCCCAGUUGGGUAAAAAUUCAAAAAACAAGGAAAUCAAAAAACAACAAAAACAGCGAUGCCUUUUUUGGAAGUGAAAGGAAAAGAGGCGUUUUUUCCACAGGUCUCACCUAAGGGUUACACAUUACCUCCUUUGGGUAGGCAGUGAAUGGUUAAUCAAAAUAAGAGAUGCCAAAGGGUGAUAUUUUUCGCCAUAAAUCAUGUUUCUGGGUCCCCUCUGGAGACACUCAACUUUCUCCUGUUAUAGACGAUGGAGAACAGGAAUACAUCUGGAUGGGAUUAUCAGGCUUGUCAGAUGCCCAUUCUUUUGGGACAUGAUUCCCUGUCUCUCCCCACUGAACAUAAAGGGAAUCUAGCAGCUACUUUGUAUGUGGGUGAGUAACUUCUAGGUGUUUAUAAGCACUGUAUGUGCUUUGAGGUGCAACCCUACAGGCUGGCUAGUAUGAUGCUCCCCUGUUGCAAUGAGCACCAAGGAAGUCCAUGUCAUCAUGCCCUGACCUAGGGCAAUUGCCCCAAACCACGCCAUUCACAGGGUCCUGAGCAGACAGCAAAUUACACUGCCUGGAUACAAAGGCAUUGUUAGACAUGGUCCAAGCAAACUGGGGAGACAAAGAGAAGUUGCUGAAUUGGGUUGAAAGUGUAGGAUAGGACAUCUCAAGAAGCCUGCUUCCUCCUUCACCUCUUCUGACUGUUGUUGUUUGCAAACUUUUUCUUUUUUUUUUUUUUUUUCUUUUUUUUUAAUAUGGAGGGGAUUUUCAAACAGCUCCUGCUUAUGCAUUCCUUUUAUCCUCUGUUUGGUGUAGUUCCAAGUGGCUUUGUAUCUUCUUGUUUACUUUGCUUCUUGGUAAAAUUAAUGUGAAAAGCUGGAUUAUCCACAGGUUCUUUGGAUCACUUGCAGCCCUUUUAAACAAGUAGGGUCACAUUUCCACAUCCUGUCCUUGUGUCAAGGAAACUGGUUUAAGAGCCUUGCUACACAAUGCAGGUAAUUUUGUAUUUAAACUCCUUGAAAAGGUUUGCGUAAGUGUUGAUGGUGAGUAUCCAUUUUAUUGGCUUAUCCUGAGUCCUCUUGUAUUUACUUUGGCACUCAGCAGCUGCCUGGACUUGCUUUGCUAUGGAAAGGUGGAAAGCUUGAGUGGCAGGAACAUCUCAGAGCUUCCCCAUAAUGAAUGGCAAAGGACCAGUUUGAUUAGCAGUGUCAUGACCAACAGAAUGACUUUGGGAACUGCAGAUAGCAUGUGACAGGGAAAAUGCUCCUAAGUGACAUGAGCUGGCUGCUUCUUAAAAAACAGACGCAGGGGUUAUUUCACCUGCAGAGCUUGGAGAAGACACUGCCUGGAGAACACUCCAAAGAAGUUGUCCUAGAAAACGCCUUUUGCAUCUAUUUCUAGCUACUUCACUUGCAAAUAUUUCAAGUAUAAGUUCUUAAAAUUGUUGGCUGCUUUAUUGCAUUGUGAAAUUCCUAUUGGCUGUACAAAUUGCAUCUUCAUGAGGGCAUCAUCAUUACAUGGUGGUCUUACAACUACAAAUUUACAAAUGCCCUGUCAGAUCUGCCCCUUUUGCUCACAAAGUGGACAACACAAGUUUGAGGGGCCUGUAGGUAAGAGUGAGAUGCGUUUGACUCAAAAGUCAAUCCCAGUUUCUGUCGACAAAGAAGAAACAUUCAGACAUCAUUCAUGCCAGUUCCCAGCCUCAACCAAGAAAGUACCAGGUUUAAUUCCCAUUUCUGCCAAAUACUUUUUCCAUAUAACUGCAGACAGUCACUUUGUGUCUCUAUGUCUCAGAUGAGUCUUCAAGAAACACAGAGAGAAUCACCCAGUAUUUUCCAGCUGUGGUGUUAUUCCCUUAUCCAUCCAACGAUGGCAAAGGAACUUGCACAGCUGUUACAGGGGAUGAGUCACUUGCCAUCCUUGCUGAUGGAAAGCUAUCUUCAUAACUUUGCGGUGGAGCUGAGACAUUUUCCAGCACUUUAGGGCUCAGGGAGUUACAGGCACUGUGAUGAGUCUGCUUUUCAGCAAUAUAGGCCUGGGGGUUCAUAUGCAGAAAUCUUGGUUUGCUAUGCCCUUUAAAAAAACAUCACAGAGACACCUGCGUCUCAUAUUUGGGGUUGCAAAAAGGGCAAGGAAGCAACAGCGGUGUUACAGGGCUGAUAAUGCAGCCAUCUCCAUAUCUCCCUUGAUUGCUUUUUUUGCGGCUGAAGUUAAAAUUUCUGCACCUGCAGUGCCUGCAUCAUUACAGUCCCCAUAUCCUCCCCUAGCACUACCCUAUGCACCUCCAAUCCUGCAUUGUCCCAAAUUCCACAUCCUCCAAAAAUAUUUUCUCUCACCCCUGAUCUUCCUCAUACUGCAUCUGUCUGCAACAGUAACACAAAGUCCCUGUCUCUGAACUCUCUCCACUCCUCUCUACCUCCCUCUGCCCUAACUUCCCCCAUUCCUCAGUUUCUCUCAGUUAAGUUGAGUAUGAAAAUAUUUUGGAAUCCUUGUUGAUUCACCCUAGCUGGGCUAUGGUCCUCUCUGCCUCUCCUUUCGAUGCCCCAGUCCUAAUCUUCUCCAAAGCUGUUGGUUGAGGAAAUUAAUCAAAAUCACUUCUAACUUCGGGGCAGGGAAAAGAAAAUUUGUCCCUCCCCUGGGCUUUCUACUUCACUGCCAGCAAAUAAAUGUGGCUGUAGGCCAAGGGUACCUUCUGGGUGAAAGCUGCAGCAGAAAGCAGUUCCGAAGAACAUGCAGAAGUUGCCACUGAGGUUUAUUUUCCUUCUCUGGGGAGCGCUUGUGCCCCUGUGCUUGGCUGACACAGGUGGUGAACCCGUUCCCUGUGUCUUCCCCUUCAUCUAUGAAGGGAGAACCUACUCCUUCUGCACUGAGGAUGGGAGCAGCAAGGGAACUCCCUGGUGUGCCACGACCAGCAGCUAUGACCUGGAUGGCAAAUGGAAGUAUUGUACCUUGCAAGAGCAUGGGGGCAGCUCAGGUGGCCAGCCUUGCUUUUUCCCUUUUAUAUACAAGAACCGGACAUUUUACACUUGCACUAAUGAGCACAUGGAGGAUGGGCAAUUCUGGUGUGCCACUAGUGACAGCUAUGACCGUGACCGACGCUGGAGCUACUGUGCUGACAUCAUGCUGAGCUCAAACCCAACAGGACCCUGCAUCUUCCCAUUCACCUACAAGGGCCAGACCUACACUUCCUGCACAACUGAUGGGGCAUUAAAAGGGCUUCUGUGGUGCUCUUUGAGCAGCAAUUAUGAGCAGGAUCCCAAAUGGACAUACUGCCAGGCUUCUGUGUCUGGUACGAACAGUGGGAACCUCCCUUGCGUCUUCCCAUUCCAAUACAAAGCCAAGCUAUACCAUGGCUGCACAAACAUUGACUCGCAAGAUAGGAGGUACUGGUGCUCCUCCACCAGCAGCUAUAGCAACCAGUGGCACUACUGUUCCACGACAGAGUACGGAGGAAAUUCCAAUGGUGAAAACUGUGUUUUUCCUUUCAUCUACAAGGAAAAUCUAUUUUAUAGCUGCAUCAAAACAAAUGACAGCACUGGGAAUCUGUGGUGUGCUACAACAGGCAAUUAUGAUCAAGAUAAACUGUGGAGCUAUUGCCCAGAAACCUAUGUAUCCUGGAAUAACACAGAGUCAAAAUGUGUGUUCCCAUUUAUUUACAUGGAGAAGUUGCACCAUUCCUGCAUCCAGAGUGAGAGGCUGGCUGGAAAAUUCUGGUGUGCUACAACGAGCAACUAUGACCAGAAUAAAACAUGGACUUUAUGUUCCUACACAGGUCCAAGCCAUUCCUCUGAGAAACCUUGUGUUUUCCCUUUCACCUACGAGGGCCUGCAAUUCAACGAGUGCACCAGCCUGAAUGAGAGUAAUGGGAAGCUCUGGUGUUCCACUACUGACAACUACGACAGGGACCGCAAGUGGAGUUUCUGUCCUGUCUGAUGCAGGGGAAGGAUAAAAAGAGGAAUGGGCAGUGCCCAGCUGUUUGGCACUGCCUGUAAUCCCUUAUAACCCAUUCUGUCACCUGCUGCUUAGCUUCACGCAAUCCUUUUAAUCCGAGUUGCUUUGAUUGUAUGCACAGCGCUAUGCAUUUUACCUGGCUCACAAUAGCUGCUAAAUCUUAGAGUCCAUUCUGUCACUGGAGUCAUCUUUAUCACACACAUACAGUCUCUGAAGGAAAGGGAAACAGCAGCAGCUGGAAAACGCCACAUGUUUUUCCCAGAAUAAGCCAGGAUCCCGGUGGGAAGUUUUUAUUCUCUUUUUCUUGGUGCCAAGUGCAGCUGUCAGCACAUCAUUCCCUACAGUAUCGCUCCCUGUACAGGCCCUCACUUAUUCUCACAGUGCUGCAGACACACGGGCCCUGCUGUGCCCCCUGUGCUCUUGGUGUCCAAGUUUCUAAUCCUUAUGCUUCCCAGUUCAAAGUGGCAGAGCUGGCGAGGGGAAGGCACCUGAGAAAUGGUGGAGCAAGGAAACAAAGUGAUAUUGGUAAUUUGGAGCAUUUCCAAGGCUUCCAAGCACUUCCAAACCUUCACCUGUAUUCUGAUGGGGACCCAUUGGAGACAGUCCAGAGGAAGGCAAUACAAAUGAUAUAACCCAGGACUGAAGGUUAAUUUAAUUGAGAGAAGACUGAGAGGACAUUGGGAGUGGGAUCUACUCUAGCUAAAGGGUACCAUAUGGAGUGCAGAAGUGUGAUCAAAUUACCCAUGUCUGUCUCCCUUAGCUGUGACAGAUGCACCCCUGACUCAUGCCUCUUCCACCCUCAGGGACUGCCCCAUUCCUGCUUUUCUGGAAGAAGGAUGGGGACCAAUGCAGCACCCCAGCACCUGGUCUGGGCCCAGAAAUAGCUCCUAGCUCCCCCUGAACCCUGAGCUGAGCAGGGUUAGGGUUGCUGGGUGCAAAGCAGUCUGUGAAAGUUGGGGUCCUUUCCCCAGCAUGGGUGGGCUGCACUGUGCAGACUGAGCCAGGAUCUCCCACCUCCCCAACUCCGUUUUGCCAUCCAAGAAGUCUGCCCCUCGGCAGGGUGCUGGGUUGACCCUGCACUCGAUCAUUCUUGGCAUUUCCCAAUGGCUUUCAAAGGAAAUGGCACUAUGGCAGCCUCAGAGAGGUAGAGGACUGAACUGAGUGACUUUCCUCUGCUCCCAUGUGCCAGUUCCCAUCUUCAAGGUCAGUUCAAGUCACACGUGUUGGCUGGUACCAUCCCAGCCCCAUGCUGUUUUUAAUUCCUGUUCCCAUCCCUUAAAAUUACUUAGUUCAUUUCAGGACCCUGUGCUCUUCCCAUUUUCCCUGAAUCUUCUUCCUUUAGAAGAAGGUCCCAUGCAAUUCCCUGAGGCCACAUCCCCAAAGAGCUAGGCUCAUGUCCCAUCCUUGUUCAGGGUUGGAGGAUAAACCUUCUCUCCUAAUGGGCAAAAAGUAAAAACUGCUGAGCGAAUUGAGAUCUGCCUUGCAUAAGCAAACUGAGACAAGCUGUUCCCUGUUCCUGGCACCAAGCUGGGACCAAACAUGCAACAAACAUUGCUGGCAAGCUUCAUUUUAGAAAUGAGAUUGGGUCAGCUACUUUUGCUUCAUGCAUUUUUAGAAAAGAUUUCUGUUCUAUUGCUCUACUUCCAUCCAUUUUGAGACAGUGCUUUUGGGCCUGGCCACAAUCACAAAGGUUUAAAAGGAGAGGGCUUUUAAGUAAAAGUAAAAGCUGUUUAAAAAAAAAGGGGGGGGGGAGUCAUGUUCAAAUGCUAGCUGCAGAAACUGUUCUGAGGCACAGCAGGGCCUACAAAGAGUUUUUCCAAAAGACCAUGGAGCGUGCAGUAGUUGUCACUGCAGUUCAUUUCAACAGAAGCCACAAUACUCUGAGGCAAAUGUGCCAUAAACUCAUGCAAUGUUGAUGCUUAGCUCCUGAGGUGUGCCGAGGUUUAGUUUCAUGCAGAAAGGCUACAAAAAAUGGGAAAAGGCAGGGUGUUUUUUUCCUUUGUUAACCUUUUUUGACAUAAAGCCAAACAAGUCAAAGUGUAUACAGCAAAGUUAAAAAGGCUACAAUAAUGCAUCUUGAAGUGUUUUUAAAAACAAAUUACAAUUUCUUGGCCAUAUUACAUCUCAGAUAAGACUUAGAUAAAAGACCUCUAGCAUUUAAGCAACUACAUUUGAGUUCCGAGAUAAGAAAAAUACAAAGCUAAAUGAUAUCACCAAUAAUUUUGACUUAUGUAUGUAAUGUGGCUUUUGUUUUACACAUUCAUGACCAAAAGGCUGAUAUGAAGCAGAUUUCCUUCCUAGAGGGCAUGGUGCAGAGUGGCAAGGCACCAAGAGGUCAGACCAGCCACACAUAUAUUUUGCUUAUAUUAAUACAGUUGCUUAUAUAAAUUAGCAGAAGUUACAGAUCCAAAGGUGAAUCUGUCCAUAGCUAGGGGAUGAUGUCUGGCAGAAUAGAAGAGCAUCAGGGCACGAGUAGCUAAACUGAACAUGCUGCCAUUAAAAUCAACUUCAGCUGAGAAUAAGGUUAAUUUAUUCAAUCCUACACAUCUAGAGUGCAGGUGUCCUUAUUUGAGCCAAGCACUGAAGCUACCAUUGCUGUCAGUGGGCAGAAAUAUAUCCCAGAAGACCUGAUGCACCUGCACUGGUGUCAAUGUCUCCUUCAGGGUGAGAUUAAGGAUGUCCUAGAAGCAUACAUUUUCCCAGCUGACUACAAAGGGAAUUUAGAUGAAAUACAGGCAUGUACAUCACAAGCAUUAGCACAGGGACAGUGAAUCCCAGCCACACCACUACACAGCAACUGUUAAAUGUCUAUGGAAACCUAGUCUAUGGAAACUUCCAGCACCAGUCAUUUCUCUGAUACCUUCACCCUGGUGCCUCCAAAAGGCUUAGACACUGCCUAGGAGAAAAUAUGGUGAGUACAGGAUAAUGAACCAGAUCAGAUAGUUCCUUGUCCUAACAGUACCAUAUGCUGACAUGCAAGUUGCUGUGUUUUAAAAGCAUGUGACGAUUUUGACUUAUUUUAGAAAUGGGAAAAACAAACCCUUUUUUGGUGAGGCAAUCAGCCCUUGUUAACAAUACCAUUUCCUUCAGUGCCCUGAAAAUAAAAAUUGGAAACCAGGCAUUGUAGCAAAGCUGAAGUGGACUCCAGUUUCCCACCCCUUG